UAUUCUACUAAUAAGAAUAUAUAUAGUUAAAAAAACUGUAGUUAUAUUAAUUUAUCCAUUUUAUUGCAAAAGAAAUAAAAUUUUAACAUGCACCCUGGUGAGACCACUGAUUAACAAGCAAAUCAAAAGCCAUGAUACAUGUAAGUCAUGUGUUUCGGGUUGCGGUUUUAUCCUGCAUCAUGGCGGCUAGUACUAAUGCACAAGCCAUGAACCAUGACUACAAGGAUGCACUUAGCAAGGCGAUAUUGUUCUUCGAAGGCCAACGGUCUGGAAAAUUGCCCUCAACUCAGCGAGUUAAAUGGCGUGGAGACUCGGCCCUGAGUGAUGGCGAGUCGAAGAAUGUUAGUUUAAGUGGAGGAUACUAUGAUGCUGGUGAUAAUGUGAAGUUCACAUGGCCUAUGGCAUUUACUAUCAGCUUGUUGAGUUGGGCUGCUAUUGAGUACCCGGAACAGUUAAACUCAGCGAGUCAACUCGGUUACCUUCGCUCGGAGAUCCGUUGGGGCUCCGAUUUCAUUAUCAAGGCGCAUGUUUCAUCCACCAAACUCUACACUCAGGUAGGAGAUGGAAACAAAGAUCACGCGUGUUGGGAGCGGCCAGAAGAUAUGGACACUCCACGAACCGUCACAGAGAUCAACACCAAUUCUCCGGGAACUGAGGUGGCGGCCGAAUCAGCAGCCGCGCUAGCGGCUGCAUCGAUUGUUUUCAAAGGGGUUGAUUCAAAUUACUCGUCAAAGCUACUAAAGCAUUCAAAAUCAUUGUUCAAGUUUGGUGACAAAUACCAAGGAUCAUACCAGGGUUCUUGCCCAUUCUACUGCUCCUACUCUGGUUACCAUGACGAAUUGUUAUGGGCUGCGGCUUGGCUUUACAAGGCGAGUAGAGAAAGCCGGUACUUAAAGUAUGCGAUAAGCCAUGGAGGAUGGAACCAAGCCGCUACAGAGUUCAGCUGGGACAACAAGUUUGUGGGAGCUCAGAUAUCACUUGCAAAGGAAUACUUUGCAGGAAAACAUGAGUUGGAGACGUUCAAAAGGGGGGCGGACUCAUUUGUAUGUGCCAUAAUGCCAAAUAGCAGUGUCGUCCAGAUUAGAACCACUCCCGGAGGACUUUUGUACACUAGAGAUAGUAGCAAUUUACAAUAUGUCUCAAGUGCUUCCAUGGUGUUACUUGCCUACUCCAACAUACUCAUCGGAACUAUUCAAUGCGGCAACACGAAAUUCACUCGUGCCCAGAUCAAAUCUUUCGCAAAAUCUCAGGUUGAAUACAUUCUAGGAAACAAUCCUCUAAAAAUGUCAUACAUGGUUGGAUACGGUAGCACGUAUCCGCAACAGUUGCAUCACCGAGGUGCAUCCAUUGAAUCGGUCUAUGUCCACCCAACUAAGGUGGGGUGCAAUGACGGCUACUCGAGCUACUAUUCCUCUAGUAAACCUAACCCUAAUAUACACGUGGGUGCGAUUGUUGGAGGACCAAACGCAAGAGACGAGUUCAGUGAUACAAGACCAGACUCUUCUCACUUGGAACCUACAACUUAUAUGAAUGCAGCUUUUGUGGGUUCCGUUGUUGCGUUUCUUGAUAAUAGUCUUGACAAGUACUGAUUUCAUUUCAUACGUUUGAUG